UCUUUGCCAACACAAUGUCUUUAGGAGUGGAUGAGUCCCUAUAUCGCCGCCUCUUUCGAGAGUUUCUGCGUCAGAGUUACAUCAAUGGACUGCACCCAUUUCUCUACCACUCGCCCGUCCGCCUUGCCAAAGCUAUUUGGCUGGCCUUUCUAACUAGCCUUGUGAUCUACACCCAUUUAGUGAUUGUGAACCUGACCCAGGAGUACCUGGUACAGCCUACGGAGAUCCACCUGUCCCCCGACCUAGUGCAUGUGGCCAACAGCCCCUUUCCGGCCGUGGGCGUGUGCACUGCCAACAAGAUCAGCCAGCGGCGUCUACGGAGCUAUGCAUUGAAAUUAUAUCAACACCAGGCCAACUCCUCCCAACGGGCGGUGGCAGAAGAUUUAGACGACAUGGUCGACCACCUGCUGGUGCUGUCACAGUUCUACCUGAAUCCCCUCGAGGAGGAGAGACUCAACACCACGGAGUUGCUGCAGCUCCACCGGCUCCUCACCAGCUACUACAACGGCAGUGGGUACUCGGUGCGCGAUAUUCUGCGCCAGUUGUCGCCCGACUGCGGGGAGCUGGUGAUCCGGGGUAUUGUUUACGGGGCGCCUGUCAACACCAGCCAAUUGUUCCUCAAGAGACCCACGUCCUCGAAUGUGUGCUGCAUAUUUAAUUAUCGGCGAGUGAGCUACUCCCAAUUUGCCGAUAGAAGAGCCGAGGACGAUGCAGAGAUGAGCGCGGUUCCCAAAGUGGUUUUUGAAUCGAAUUCUAUUUUGAACAGCGUCCAGUUUGUGCUCCAGGAUGUGGCAGAAGAGGAUUACACAAAGACCUUUAGGACCAACAGUGCGUUCCAGCUUACGAUUUUCCCUCAAGAAGAUUAUGCGACAGUUCAGUCCACAACUCUGGGCGAGGUGCUGGUGGAUCACAAUACCAUAGUGGAGAUACCCAUCCAGCCAACGUUCUUUACAUCCGGCAAUGCGGUGCGCUACGUGGAGCCGGAAAAACGACGCUGCUAUUAUCCGGAAGAAGGAAGUAAACUCUUAAAUCAAUCCUAUUACUCCCUGGACGAGUGCCUCUUGGUGUGUCGUAGCCGGAGCAUGAUGGACCACUGUGGCUGCGUAUCCCCGCCGAUGGUGGGCAGUCCCAUGGCCCUCACCUACUGCACUCUACCAGAUUUGCCCUGUCUGGUGCGGUGGAAGAGCAUCUGGUAUGGCCACAAUGAGUUCGCCUUCCUGCAAAACAAUGAGGAGCAGUUGGCCCAAAGGCAGUGCGAGGACUGCCUGCCCACCUGCAACGGAGUCAGCAUGAGCAUAACCACCAAUGUGGCUCCUCUUCGACGUGCUCUCCGCAGUAGUGGGUACUUGACAGGAUUGUUGAAAGGCUUGACCAACGAAAGACCUCUGGCCAUAAUAAAACUCUUUUUUAAAUUGCGCUUCGCUCAAGCCACAGAAUCCCAGCUAGUAAGCACCUGGGUGGUUUUGCUAAAUCGCUUUGGGGGCAUCCUGUCCCUGAUGUAUGGCUUCAGCAUAGUCAGCUACAUCGAAAUCUUGUACUACCUGACGGGCAAAUGGUUUGUGUACAUUCUCAGAUCUCUGAAGAAGGACAAUCACGAAAAACCUCGGCAAUCUCGCUCACUGUACUGGCACGAACUUAUCCCCAAGGGCAUGAGAUUCAAUCCACAGACGAAUUAGUAAUGCAGACAUUCUCCACUCUCAUACUGAGCAUAAUACGCUGUAUAUAAUUCGCUCCGCUUAUGCUCACAAAAGAAUCAA